GCCAGUAGAGACUGUACCGCGAGGCGCGCUUCACGCCCGUAGCGCCGACGCGGACUCCGCGAAUAUCGUAGCAAGUAGCAACUAAAUGACAAUAAAAUAAAAAUAAACUUUUUAAUUUUAAAUAAAGACUAUUGCAUAUAAGUUUAGGAACUUUAAAAAAAUAAAAUAUGAUGAUGGCCAGUGCGAAACUCGUGAGGGAGUGCAGUUCGGAGCUGAGCUCGGACGUCCGGUCGCUGUCUCUGGCGUCGUCCACGGAGGAGCAGGACUCCAUCACCACGGAGUCCGAGUACUCCGAGGAGGAGAAGGAGUACGAGCUCGAUGAUCUCCAGAUACUCAAAACCAUUGGUACUGGCACAUUCGGUCGCGUCUGCCUGUGUCGAGACAAAGCCGCAGACGAGUACUUGGCGAUGAAAAUUUUGUCCAUGGCUGAUGUCAUCCGACUGAAACAAGUCGAUCACGUCAUGAACGAGAAAAGUAUUCUAGCAGAAAUUAAUCAUCCCUUUAUAGUCAAUCUCCGAUGGUGGACCCACGACGACUCCUGCCUCUACAUGUUGUUCGACUACGUCUGCGGCGGAGAACUCUUCUCCUACCUAAGGAACGCCGGUCGGUUCAGCAACAGCAUUGGUAACUUCUAUGCCGCAGAAAUAGUAUCAGCCCUGGAGUACCUACACGCGCGAAGUAUCGUCUACAGAGAUUUGAAGCCUGAAAACUUGCUCCUAGCCAAAGACGGCCACUUGAAAAUAACAGAUUUUGGUUUCGCGAAGAAGCUGACAGAUCGCACUUGGACAUUAUGUGGAACACCAGAGUACCUCGCACCAGAAAUUAUACAGAGUAAAGGACACAACAAAGCAGUCGACUGGUGGGCACUUGGUGUGCUUAUAUAUGAAAUGUUGGUCGGCUACCCGCCCUUCUACGACGACAACCCCUUUGGCAUUUACGAGAAGAUUCUCAACGGGAGAGUAGACUGGCCGCGACACCUGGACCCCAUCGCCAAGGACAUCAUCAAGAAGUUGCUGGUCCAAGACCGGACGAAGAGGCUCGGGAAUAUGAAGUGUGGCUCGGAAGACGUGAAGCGGCACAGAUGGUUCAAACACAUAGACUGGGCCGACGUUUUCUUGAAAAAAUUGCAGCCGCCGAUCAUCCCGUCUGUGUCGUAUGAGGGCGACACAUCGAACUUCGACGAGUAUCCCGAGACCGACUGGAAGGCGGUCCGCUCCCUGGACCCCGACGAGCUCAAACUCUUCGCCAACUUCUGACCACCUUCCGUCUCGACGAGGCUUUAAACUGUCGUUCAGGGUGUUUGUGGUUCUGUUGUUUAGAACUUAUUUGUGUCAAACCAAAGUCAACCCUGAUUUAAGCUGAUAAUUUCCUGAAGCUACCUGUACAUAGUUCCACGAGUGUACAUUUAAUCAUAAUUAUUUGUAGUAUGUAGUUUGUUAUCACUUAUCAUUAAUUAAGUAUUGUUUAACCAUUGUUAACCUGCUCACCGCUUUGUGUACUUCGAUGAAUUCGGUUUGUAUAGUUCUGGAGUAGAGCAAAAUGUUUUAAAUAGAUUUAAAUUAUUGUUUAGAUUUAGACGGUCCUGUAAAAUGUUAGACUAAUGUUGUGAUGAUAGAAUACGUCCACGUCCAAAGUGGUCCUAAGUAUUUAUUUAGUUGUAAGAAGCACUAUUUUUGUAUGUCUACAAUUAUAAUAAUAAUGUAGCAGUAGCUUUUGUCACUGAGUCAUAAUUUAUCCUUAAUCUUAUAUUAGUAUGUAGGUAACCUACUGUAUAGUAUACUACUGUAAACAUAAUAACUUUAAGUAUUUUCUAAGCUUUCAUAUGCAGAAGAGGUAUUAAAAUAUAGUAAGUAUAUUACUAAUACUUCGACAUUUUUAAUUUGUUAGUACACAAGUAAGUCUGUGAUCUCUUGUAGGGAGUGUAGAAGAAUAAAUUAUUCGAUGACAA